GUAGUCUAAUGUAAAAUAUCCCAAACCCCAAAUCCCCUAAACCAAACAUUAGUUCAUUUCUAGGGUUAGGGUUUUGUAUCCAAACCUAAACUUCUCGAUUCAUUCAUCGGCGAUGGCGGAGACAACGGCGGCGGCGGCGGAAAUAAAACCACAACAAAGUGGUGGUGGUGCCGGAGUUGUUAAAAGGAAGCCGGUGUUUUUGAAAGUGAAUGAGCUUAAGCCUGGAACUAACGGCAACAACCUGACCGUUAAAGUGCUGUCUUCCACCACCGUUUUAGAUAAGAAAUCACGCCAUACGUCGUCGUUUAGCAGCCGUUCAGGAGCUGCUCAAACACGUAUCGCUGAGUGUCUUAUUGGUGAUGAAACUGGCACCAUUCUUUUCACUGCUCGUAAUGCCCAAGUUGACUUGAUGAAACCUGAAUCCACAGUAAUUAUCCGUAAUGCAAAGAUCGAUAUGUUUAAAGGGUCAAUGAGACUAGCUGUUGAUAAAUGGGGUCGUAUCGAGGUGACCGAACCUGCAAGCUUCACUGUCAAAGAAGAUAACAACUUGUCACUAGUCGAGUAUGAAUUGGUAAAUGUUGUUGAAGAAUGAUCAACAUUUUCUGGGGGGGAUGGAGUUGGUAUACAAAUGCUUGGCUUUGGGAGUCUGUUUAGUCUUUCUUGUUGAUAUUGUUUAACAUGAAUAGAACUAGUUUAUUGUCUUUCGAAGUGGUUUCUAUGUAAAAGGAUCAAUGUUUUCAAUUCUCUUGAUACCUUAUUAGUCUACGCUUGUAGUGGUUUACUUGGAUGCAAAUGAUAAUUGUGUUAAUAUUCGUUAGUGAUGCUUUCUACCCUUAA